UUGAAUUCUGCCGUUUUUUGUUUUUAUUGAUUGUUGCUGAAACGCAAACGCGUUCUGGAAAAACCAGAGUUAGUACAGUAGUGAUCGGUGUGCAGAAGCAGACCGGGCGAAUGUUUGCCCCCUAAGGGGCCAUGGGGUCUGCUACAAGCAGAGACGAAGGCGAAGAUGAGCCUGAAGACGACUUAGUUCGUAGGAAAUCUAGUAGAACAUCUACGGACAGCGAGGUAGCAUGUGAAGAAACAGCCAGAUUAACGGCGGAAGCCGCGGAGGGAGAUGGGGGAGAAGAUGACACAACUAUUUACUAUUAUGAUUAUCCCCCACCUCCCGACGGUGGUUACGGUUGGGUGAUAGUGUUUGCAUCGUUUAUGUGUAACAUGAUCGUGGACGGUAUAGCUUACACUUUCGGGGUAUUUUUGAAUGAUAUUGCGAGCCAUUACGGGGAACUUCCGGGCAAAACUGCUUGGGUGGGUUCACUACUGUCGGGGAUGUACCUUAGCGCGGGACCUUUAGUCAGUGCCCUUUCAAAUAAGUUCGGUUGUCGGGCUGUGUGUAUAAGUGGCGCUGUGAUCUCAACCUGUGCUUUUCUCCUAUCGACGAUGUGCCCUACAGUUAAUUCACUCAUGCUCAUUUAUGGAUUUUUUGGCGGUUUAGGUUUCGGAUUGAUUUACCUUCCCGCGGUCGUUUGUGUCGGAUAUUAUUUUGAAACGAAGCGAUCUCUUGCCACGGGAAUUGCUGUUUGCGGUUCCGGCGUCGGGACGUUUGCCUUUGCUCCACUCGCUACCAAAUUACUCGAUAUGUACGGAUGGAAAGGGGCAAAUCUAAUUUUAGCCGGGUUCAUUCUUAACUGUGUAAUAUUUGGUGCCCUAAUGAGACCUUUGGAAUAUCCCAAGUCAUCUAAUAUGACACCUCUUCUCCAAAGGAUGGCUGAGGAACGUAGAAUCCAGAUGGAAAGGGGUAGUAUAGGUGGAUCGUAUUUCAUGGUACAAUUACCGGACGGUACUAUGGAAAAACGAAUGAAAACGCCACUGAACAUAGAUCCCGGCGUUCAUUCUAGUUUGAACCUUGACCAAUUAGCUCCUGGAACCCCAAUCACGCCUAUUCCAACGGUGCCCACUCUUCCAACCAUUACCGAAGGAAAGGCUGACAUUCAUGGGAGUUCGGGUGACUCUAGCGGCGGAAGUGCAGCAGAACUGAAGGCCCAGCUGAACAAGAAGCCCAGAGUCGAGGAGAUCAAACAACAAGAAUUGCCAAAGGCAAUUCGAAGAGCGUCCACUGAAAGUUCCGAUAUGGGCGCAAAUCGCAUGCCCCGCAAUGCGAGUCAGCCCGCUUUUAGUACUCACCAUCAGGGCAUUCCUAAAAAUGGAUCGGUACCAUUUUUUGAUAGAAUUCGAAAAGCCUCAGUGGGCGACGGUCGGUUCAAACCCACCCUUAACCCUAUUAAGUCCUCGUCAAAGGGCAACGUCGACUCUAACGGAGAUCUUAGGAAAAGCGUGAUAAUGAGGAAGUCUUCAUCAUUUUUCGGAAGUAAAAAUAACAACGCCGAUGCUGAUAUCGAAAGUAACAUGGCUACCUCGAAACUGUCGCUUGCUCGUGAACGUCCAAUAAUGGUUCGUCCAAUGUCUCGUAAAGACAUCUUUUAUUCUGGUUCGGUGAUCAAUUUGCCCGAAUACCAGUCUCAAAAAUCACUGACCAACUACAGACAGAGUGUACUUAGCAUAUCCAGAUCGGCACGUCCUGAUACCGCCGAACCCGAUAAAAUUGAACAAAUCGAUUUGUGUCCUUGUUUAGUAUUGCCCGAAAGUUUCAAGUCGGCUUUAGCUCAAAUGAUGGACAUGAGCCUACUAAAAGAUCCCGUGUUUGUCAUGAUCGGGAUCUCGAACUUUUUCGGGAUGGCGGGGCUUUACGUACCUUUCGUCUACCUUGUCAAUUGUGCAACGGACGAUGGUAUUGAACUUGGCAAAGCAUCCUUCUUAAUUUCUGUUAUCGGUAUUACGAAUACGUUUGGUCGUAUUGCUUGUGGAUUUUUCGCGGACUUCCCCCAAGUUAAUGCGCUACUCGUCAAUAAUUUGUGUCUGGUGAUAUCGACAAUAUCUGUUGCCUUAACCCCAAUGUGUCACACCUACGCCGCUUACGUCAUUAUGGCCAUCUUUUUUGGAAUUGCCAUUUCCGGUUAUAUUUCAUUAACUUCCAUUAUUCUGGUGGACCUCUUGGGUUUAGACAAACUAACGAAUGCCUUCGGUCUUCUAAUCCUUUUUCGUGGUGCUGCGGCUAUCGUGGGUUCGCCCUUGGCUGGGGCAAUACAUGACAUGACGGAUUCCUACGACAUACCAUUCUAUGUAGCAGCGGCGUUGUUUGGGGUGUCAGCGAUAACUAGUUUUAUAGCUCCAUGUUUACGAAGGGAUGGUCCCGAAGCAUCACCCAUGAUGGGUGACGACCAGCUUACUCCAAUCGACGAAGACGAAGAGGAAGAAGAUGGUCCGAUAACGAUGAGCAGCAACCGACAGGAUAAAAAUUCAAUCCCAGAAAUCACACACACCCUACCAAGUCCUGGGGAGAAGGAAAUUAAACAGUUGGAGUCUGUAUUGUAAAGGGAUAGAGUAAGAUUGCAAUUUUAAAAAUAUUUUUUUACGAAUCUUAAGAAUAUCGCAAGGUAGAAUUCAAUGAUUUAAACAGUUCAGAAGUUUGUUAUUUAUUAAUUUUUUUUGUAUGUACAGAAAACAAAGCAUUAAGGUGGUACCUAAUUGAUAACAGAAACAACAUUUCAUUUUGGGAUAGUUUUUAUGUACUAAAUAUAACAUAACAUACUUGCAAUUUUCUAAAAUUUAGACCAACAAUUUAAAAAAGAAUAGUCUGUAUCUAUCGUGGACCUUCGGAUUCAUUAAUUACUGUAAUUGAGGUUGAAAUGAAUUAGCAUACCAAAUUUUAAUAAAUAAUUACCAUCAACUUUAACGGCCGUGAAAAAUAAAUUAGGUAUGAAUCAUUAACAUACACAAAGUGGCUCUUUUUAAGAAUUCUAUUUUAUCAAUAACUUAUUGUAAAACACUUUCAUGCAGUAUUGAGAAAAUAAAACGCUCUGUAUAAUAAUUUUACGGUAAUUUCAGUUAAUUAAUACAUAAACAUUUUGAAAUUAAGCCUUUAAGUAUUGGCACUUUUAAAUUGUUUUAAUCAAGCAGUCGCACUUCGGUACUCCUACCCCCAUCCUUAAAUAGUCGAGCAUAACUCAAACUACGUUUUAGAAAAUACUACAAAUGUCGCAGUAAACGCCAUCUGUUAGUAUUUUCUAAAACGUACUGUUAAGACAGC